CUUGAAAGUCACUGUAUAAUUCGCACACUAGACUGUUAUCUGCAAUCUUCAGGUAACCGAGCCUCUUGCCAACACUGUCCUGCUUUCAGCUUUAGUUCUCGCCUGUGGAGGGAAGAUGACUUUCUACGAUGGCAUUUACCCGUUCUACUCGCUACAAAGAAGCCCGUUCAUCAUCGACAUCAGCCUGCUGGUCGCGAUCCUGGUUUUCUCGGUUCUGGCUGUCAGUUUCAUCUUCAUUCUACCAGGAAUACGUGGCAAAUCGAGACUGUUCUGGAUGUUCAGGAUAAUCAUUAGUUUAUUUAUCGGGGGUGUUUUAGUUGUGUUGAAUUUUACCGGAGACUGGGCUGAAGCCAGCGUGAAGACCAACGCCACCUACAAAUCCUUCAGUAACGCAGUGGUGUCCGCUGAGGUGGGACUGCACGUGGGCCUGUACGGAAUAAACAUCACACUCAGAGGCGAGCCAGUAUCGCAGAUAAACGAGACCAUCGACUACAACGAGAUCUUCAGUUGGUCGAGCAGCGUGGAUGAGCAGUACGGCGACGCGCUCGAGAGGGGUCUUCCCAACCCCAUCCUUUACAUCGCAGAGAAGUUCACACGCAACAGCGCUUGCGGGCUCAUCUUCCAGUACAGAUACUCAGGCCGCUUCGCCUCAGCCAAUCUCUGGACGGCUUUUUGCUGCUGGCUGGUGGCCAAUAUCCUCUUCUCAAUGCCCGUCAUCCUCUACGCCGGGUACAUGAUGAUAGCCACGGCUGCUUUCAUCUUCUUCUCCAUGGCUUCCUUCUCAACUAUAUACAACGUGCCCCAAUGUGACUUCAGCAUAGGUGCAGAGUCCUUAAGGACAGACUACAGCCAUUCCUUCUGGAUCGCUUUGGCAACGGGUUUACUGUGCGCUGUGAUUGGGUUGGUGGUGGUGUUACUGGAUUGUCUAUUUCCUGCGAGGAUGAGGGAGGCGUUCAGCGUUGGCGUGGACAACGAGGAAGACGAAUGCCAUACCGGUGAAUGCUACCUCAACUCAGGCUUUCUAGAGGGAGUGAUCUCUGAUGACAUCACACAGACGGGGAAUGGCUCUUUGCCUCAGCAGAUCACCACAUUAACAUCUGCAGCCACAUGA